GAGUAACAACAGCAGGAGGAGCAGGAGUAACAGCAGCACAAUGCAACAAUGAAACUAUUUAUCAUUGUUUAAUGUGACUUUUCCUCUUUUUCCCUCAACAUGGAGACACAUGGGACUGUGUGAAAGGUUGCCAUGGAAACGCUGCCGAUAGGUUGGACGGUGCGUCCCUGUGACCAGGAGACAGACGGGACAGGAGACACCAACACACACGUCCAGGAUCUGUUUCAUGAAGAUGCACAGUCCAGCCAGCCCUGGUGGAGGAUCAAGGUGUUUGUGUGGGAGCCGGUCCUGUUCGGUACCUGGGACGGAGUCUUCACCACCUGCAUGAUCAACAUCUUCGGGGUGGUUCUGUUCCUGAGGACCGGAUACCUGGUGGGGAACACAGGUGUGCCUCUGGGGAUGUUCCUGGUGUCCCUGGUUGUUCUGGUUGCCUUGGUGACGGUGAUGUCGGGGAUCGGAGUGUGUGAGCUCUGUGGAGUGGGAAGUGGAGGAAUCUACUCCAUGAUCUCCACGGUGCUGGGGGGACGGCUGGGGGGCACCGUGGGGCUGCUCUAUGUGUUUGGACAGUGUGUAGCGGGAGCGAUGUACAUCACGGGUUUCUCUGAGUCGGUGGCGGAGCUGCUGGGGCUGCAGGCUCAGUGGGCGGUGCGCGGCAUGUCUGCGGCGGUGCUGCUGGCGCUGCUGGGGAUCAACCUGGCCGGGGUCAAGUGGAUCGUCAGGCUGCAGCUGCUGCUGCUCGCCGUGCUCGCUGUCUCCACGCUGGACUUCGUCAUCGGCACCUUCACACACCUGGACCCUGAUCACGGGUUCAUCGGUUAUUCAGCCCGGCUGCUCAGCAGCAACACGCUGCCAGACUACACACCAGGAGAAACCUUCUUCACCGUCUUUGGAGUCUUCUUCCCUGCUGCUACAGGGGUUAUGGCAGGCUUCAACAUGAGCUCAGACCUUCAGCGGCCUGAACACAACAUCCCUGUGGGAACACUGGCAGCUGUCUUCACCUCGUGGUUCCUGUAUCUGGUCUUUGUCUUCCUCCUGGGGGCCAUCUGCACCAGAGAAGCUCUGCGCUACGACUUCUUGAUCGCUGAAAAGGUCUCCUUGGUGGGCUUCCUCUUUCUGCUGGGCCUCUACGUCUCCUCUCUGGCCUCCUGCAUGGGCGGCCUGUACGGAGCUCCCAGGAUCCUCCAGUGCAUCGCCCAGGAGAGGGUCAUCCCCGCGCUGGCCUUCCUGGGACGAGGGAAAGGCCCUAACAGGACCCCGGUGGCAGCCAUCUGUCUGACCAGCCUGGUGACCAUGGCCUUCAUCUUCAUCGGUCAGGUCAACGUGUUGGCGCCCAUCGUCAGCAUCAACUUCAUGCUCACCUACAGCUUCAUCGACUACUCCUACUUCAGCGUGGCCAUGACCUCCCAGCUGCAGAACAAAGAGAAAACUGAGAAAAGACCCAACCAGCGAGGCUCCACCAGGCAGAGCUCCAGACCUCUGAUCCAGGCAGCUCUACCCAGCUAUGGUAGCGGAGGAGGAGGAGGUCCUCAGGGUAAAGGCACUCUGCUGGAGUUCACCAAGGACAUGGACCAGAUCUUUCCCCCCGUGGCCAACGUUGAGAAGAUCUCCUCGGUGCAGGAGCCCAGCAGUAGACACAAGGGAAGGAAGGCUAAAGUCACCACAAAGCAGAAGCUGAUGGACAGCUUCGGCUUGGACCUCAACAGGAACAUGUUCUCAGAGGAGAAAGAGGAGGAGGAGAUGAGGAGUUCAGCUCCUCCACAUGAGGAAGAUGAAGAGGAGCCCAGAGCUCAAGAAGAACCACAAAGUUCAAAAGUCCAACAUGAUGAGCAGGAUUCUUCUGCUGAGCCUCAAAAUCACAACACAGGUUCUGGAGGUAAAGCAGAGCAGCAGAGCGUUGAGAUCAAACCCAUCCAGGAUUCACCGUACGCAAAGUUCUGCAACCACUGGGUCGCUCUCAUCGGGGCAUUCACCUCCAUAUUGAUCAUGUUUGUUAUUGAUUGGACGUACGCUUUAGCAAACAUUGUCUUCGCCCUGCUGCUCUUCUUCUACAUCGGGAAAACAAACCCUGGACUCCCUAUAGGUAUCGCAGCUCGAUUCAGCUUUUUCAAGUGGCUCAAAUCAACAUUGAAGAGCAUUUGCAGGAGUAAAGGGUCUCCUCAGGAUGAGAUGGUGGUGACCCCGUCUCUGUCUGGAGUCGGCCUGAAAACCAAACAGCUGACGGAGGAAAACGCCGACUUUGCUUCUCGUCACCGUUAUCACCAAUCAUCGUUCAUCAUCAGCGGAGACAUGGUUCAACCACGACUCCACUGACACACUCAAACACUGAAACACUCAAACACUGUUACGGGUCGCCGCUCGGAGCCUGAAAACACAUUUUCUGCCUCAAACCGCCUCAUGUUUCUCCACGAGCCACUUUCUGCACAUAUUAUUAUAUUUAAUAGACAUUUAGUUGGUCAGAUAAUUUAAUUCUUCUAUAAACGUAAGCUGAAAUCAUAGUUUUUUAUUUUGUUUUAAUACUAUUUUGAUAAAUCACAAUCUUUGUGUUAAUGAUUUUGUUGACUGUUCUGCUGAGUCACUUCCAAGAAGUGCAGCCGCCUUGUUGCUCAUCCAGCUCAGAUAUCCUGUGUACAUGUGACACAAAGGGUUCAUUAAAAUAUCUUAGUUCA